CGGUUGCUAAUUUGUAAAUUCAUUCUCUUUUUAACUGUGUCGGUCACCGUUAAGAAAAUGGAAAGUUGUUUAUCUACAGCCAUAUCAUCAUCGUCAUCAUCUCCCUUCUCCAUUUUCAGUAUUCAGGGUGCUUCAUCAAAUGUUGGUAGAAAUUUGAUCAAGAGUUAUCAACUUCCUAAACCGUUUCUUCAACUUAAUGGCAGACCGAAGUACCUACGGAACCAACGAAGGUCGGUUAAUUUGUAUUCUGGAACGUACAAAAGGCCUAUAGUAUCUGCUGAGAAUCAGGGUUGGGGUUUGGGGAGGUUUUUGAAAACAUUAUAUUUUUUCAAUGGACCACCUUCUCCCGACAAGAUUGUUAAAUUCAUAAUCGGGAAAUUAUCUGGUUCGUCGUCAGAAGAAUCAGAGAAGAAAAUGGGAACUACCGGCUAUGUUCUGGUAGUUGGAGCUACUGGUGGUGUAGGUAGAAGAAUUGUUGAUAACUUAAGAAAGAAAGGGUUGCCUAUUAAAGCAUUGGUCAGGAAUGAAGACAAAGCAAGAAAGAUGCUCGGUACCGAUAUUGAAUUGAUUGUUGGAGACAUUACUAAGGCGAGCACACUGCCCUCCGAGUACUUUAGAGGAGUGAAGAAAGUCAUAAAUGCUGCUUCUGUCAUUAUUGGCCCAAAGGAAGGGGAUACUCCCGACCGAGCAAAAUACAGUCAAGGAGUCAAAUUUUUUGAACCAGAGGUAAAAGGUGAUUCACCUGAAAUGGUUGAGUAUAUUGGAAUGAAAAACUUGAUUAAUGCUGUGAGGGAGAGUGUUGGACUUCGAACAGGAAAACUGCUUUUUGGAUUUGAAGAUCGGAUUUCAAAAGAACUUGAUUGGGGUGCUUUAGAUGAUGUUGUAAUGGGAGGUGUUAGUGAAAGUACAUUUCGAAUUGAUCGGACUGGUGGUGAGAAUGGCAAACCAACUGGUCUUUUCAAAGGCAUUGUUUCAACAGCAAACAAUGGUGGAUUUAGCAGUAUCAGAACAAAGAACUUUUCCUCCCCUGUGGAUCUUUCAGCAUAUGACGGUUUGGAGUUGCGCUUAAAGGGCGAUGGUUGCCGAUAUAAACUAAUUGUUCGCACUAGCACCGAUUGGGAUACUGUGGGUUAUACAGCAAGCUUUGACACUGUUGGAGGCCAAUGGCAGUCUAUUCGCUUGCCGUUCUCUACACUGAGACCUAUAUUUCGAGCACGGACUGUAUCUGAUGCCCCACCCUUCGAUCCAAGAAAUGUUGUAUCGUUCCAGCUCAUGUUCAGCAAGUUUGAAUAUGAUGGGAAACUGAAUCCCACUUUUGUAGAAGGACCUUUUGAGCUUCCACUCUCAAGCAUAAAAGCAUACAUGAAGGAUCCUAUCACUACCAGGUUUGUACACGUGAGCUCUGCAGGAGUUACUAGACCCGACAGGCCUGGCAUUGACCUGAGCAAACAACCUCCUGCUGUGCGCUUGAAUAAGGAAUUGGAUUUUGUCCUAACAUUCAAGUUGAAGGGGGAGGAUUUGUUACGUGAGAGUGGAAUUCCUUACGCAAUUGUAAGGCCUUGUGCAUUAACCGAAGAGCCUGCAGGAGCAGAUCUCAUUUUUGAUCAAGGAGACAAUAUAACGGGAAAGAUAUCGAGAGAAGAAAUUGCUCUAAUAUGCAUCGCUGCGUUGGAGAGCCCGUAUGCAUGUGACAAGACAUUUGAGGUUAAAAGUGUGAUUCCAUUUAGUGAACCAUUCACAGUGGACCCUGAAAACCCACCCCCAGUGAAGGACUACAAUAUUUAUUUCCAAACGUUGAAAGAUGGCAUUACAGGCAAAGAAAGCUUGGAACAAAGUGCCCCUGUCUGAAAAUCGAUGGCUGUAUCGCAGGGAACUUCGCUUUUGAAGCACCUCUAGACAAUUACACAUGAAUGUGAUGGGUGGUGCAUUAUAAAAGUUCGCUUGAUGCUAUGUUCAGCUCAUCAAAGGUCUUAUUGUUAUAAUUACAUACCUCAAAACACUGCCUAGACCUAAACUCUUGCUAAUACUUUGGUACCUGUUAGAGAGAGAGAGUAGGGAAUGUAUGGAAAUAAUACUGAAAGUAGGGGAUGGAGAAUCUCUGUUGAACAUUUUGCAAGUUGCAAGGUGAUGACUCCAUGAA